UGCCCCUCUGUGUCUCAUGACAGUUUUCAGAGUGGAUUAAUUGCCAUAGCAAGAGGACACUGAGGAGAACAGAGAUGUAGAGAGCUACAUAGAUGUGGCCUUAUUGUCUCCGACGAUGCACCUACUGCAAUUUUAACAAAUACAUACCCAAAGAGAACAACGAAGACAUCAUGGCAAAGUGUCUUCAGAGGGAAACUGAGACAUUGCUGCAACUCAGUCAAGUGUCCUGCAUCACAUCUGUUUUUUUUGGUGGUGGGACUCCAAGCCUGGCUCACCCAUCAACCAUCGCUAAGAUCCUGGAAACAGUUUCCAAGCAGGUGAAUCUCUCAGAUGAGGCUGAAGUCACACUGGAGGUAAACCCUACCCCAGUGGGAAUGUCAAAGUUAAAAGACUACCACCAUGUGGGGGUGAACCGUUUCUCCAUUGGCGUCCAGUCUCUGCAGGACAAGGACCUGAAAAGUUUGGGAAGAGACCACAACUCCCUGGAUGCUUUGCAGACUCUGGCAGAGGCCAGGAAGCUGUGUCCAGGUGGGGUGUCGGUGGAUAUUAUGUUUGGACGCCCCAACCAAACAACUGAAUUGUGGAGCAGAGAGUUGUCUGAGAUGCUGAGGGUGUGUGAUGACCACGUGUCUCUGUACCAGCUGACCCUUGAGAGAGGUACUCAGCUGUUUAAACAGGUUCAGUCUGGACAAGUAACCAUGCCCACAGAGGAAAUCAUAGCAGAGAUGUACCAAUGUGCCAGAACAACUCUCCAGCAGCACGGCUUUCAGCAGUAUGAAGUGUCUAACUUUGCUAAAAAUAAUUCAGAGAGUCGUCACAACCUGAGCUACUGGACGGGAAGACAGUACAUCGGUGUUGGCCCUGGAGCACAUGGACGUUUUGUUCCCCUGGGAGAGGGAGGCGUUGCCCGUGAGGCCCGGACACAGACUCUGGAGCCGGAUGUGUGGAUCCGCGAAGUCCGACAGCGAGGACAUGGAACUCGGAGGCGGAUCCAGCUGGGCCAUCUUGAACUAUUAGAGGAGGUGUUAGUGAUGGGAAUGAGAAUGACCACGGGCAUUAAUCACAAGCACUGGGAGAUGUUUAGCCCUGAAUUAAGUCUUCUUGAAAUAUUUGGUGGAUCUCUUGUUGUCCAAGAGCUGCUGCAAAGUGGACAGCUGAUUCUUGAUGACAGAGGUUUGAGAUGUUCCUGGGAGGGUCUGGCCUUAUUGGACAGCAUGCUUCCUGUUUUGCUGGUGGAACUGGAUAGAAGUUUUUCCCAAAAACUGGCAGCUAACUGACAAUGAAGAUCUAUAACUCUCUAAAUCACAACCAUGUAAAAUAAAUAAAUAAAUUACAAGAAUUUGCACAAUCCGUUGAAUUGUCUGACAGAUAUGUGUAAAAGAAUAAAGUAUUUAUUUGUUUAAAAAAUAUGUCAGAUUUGAUACAACCUGUUUUUUUUAAGAAAUGCUCAAAUAUUUUUCUUCUGCUYWAUGUUUUUUAAUGAAUAAUCUUUUGUAACCCUCUAUGCAGCUUUAACAGGAUAUUAKAUGUCAGUUCAAAAAGUGUGUUUUAUAUCUUCAUUUCUUUUCUUGCAGUCUUUUUAAGGUUAUUUUAAAUACAAGGAUAUAUGUUUAAUUUUAGAGUUUUUUUGUAAUAUUUGCUGCUUUAUUAGUUAAACUGGUAAAGAUAAUACUUUAAAUUUCACUUUUAUUUUUGAUUGCAGUUUCUGGAGUAUGAUGAACUUAGAUUGGUUAAAAACAAUACUUUCUAUUUGGAUGCUACAUUUAUGUGCUAUAAUGCCUUGUAGAUGUACAGACUUUGUCACAUAACAUCCAAAAACAUUUGUGUAUAGUUUUGUGAUUUUUUUCUUUUUCUUUGAUAGAGCAUUCUAUUUAUUACAGAAUUAAAAUUAAUGCAGAAACCUGGUAAGAAAUAAUGAAUGUUUUACUUAACACAUGGAUAAUCUUUGUCCAAUCUAACUGGACAUACCCCAGAAAAUUAAGAACAGUUUUUUUGUAAAUGUAUUUGGAAAAUAAAAAUGUGAAGAAACCGAAAAUAGUA